AUGACUGCUUCUGGAUACGUAUACCACUUCUUGAAGACCAAUGAGGUUCGCAUUCAAAACCUUUUAGAGACAGAGGGGACCAAUUCCAUUGAUUUCAAAGGGCAUAUCCCGGAUUCGCUUUGGAAUGUCAUGGAAAUUUUGUCGGAGUGGUCUCCAGAGCGUCGAGAGUUCCGGAACCCCACGGCCGACGGCUUGGCGCCUUCUCUCAUGAGUAAAUUAAAGGCUCAUAUGACGCUGAAUUUGACGCGAAUGCGGUCACUUGGAAAUCCGGAGAACGCGAGAACGACCUUCGUGACAGAGGAAAUCGCCAGUAAUGGGCAGGAAAGCUUAUGCGAUGAAGAGAAGAUCAUGUAUGACAGAACAAUCGCGAAAACGGGUCACAUAAAUAAUGAAGAACUCGAUCGCACCGCGCACGACAUGGGGCCAGGGGGAGGGCUGUUCCUGGUCGUCAAACAAUCGAUUGCCAGCCUCGGAAGCCAUAGCUUACCGUCCUCGGUGAUCACCGAGCAGCUGACGACAGAUGUCGAAGAACAAGUAUUCCAGCGCAGCUACCUCAAUCGAACUCUCAAGACAACCGACACGGAGAAUCUUUAUCGAAUAUACAAGAGACGGGUCCACCACACGCUCAUGGUCGUGUAUCUCAUCGUCUGCACGGUCUGUAAUUUCUUUCCCGUUCUGCUCGCCCUGCUGACGCUCGCCAAAGGACAACAGUUUGAGCCUCCCUCUGAGCGCACCCGGUUCACCGUUGUGCCGAUCGUCACUCGAUCUGUGGCGCUCGUUGUUGAUAUUGUGAUCUUCUUACUCGCUCUGAGAGAACGCUUUUUUCGGCGAGAAGCGACAAGACUCGUGGUGAGCCUGCUUCUCAUAGCAGUGGGAUUCCUCGCCGAAUACGGAGCUACGCUGCACGAUUUCGUUUGGGGCGUAAAAGACACAUUCCAUGAUGGGCCGACGAGGAUACGGAACUCGUUCUGUUUCGUCUUGGGUGUUACGAUAUUUCUGCCGUUCCCGAAGAAGAAACAAGCAGCCCUGGCCGGGCUCGUGCUGGUGCUCAUUGAGUUCGGUGUCUCGUUUCGAAUCUAUAGUUCACAUAAGGGACGGACGAAAUUCGUUGCGGCGGAAUUCGUGGCGCAUUUGAUCGCGUUAUUCGUUGGCUGUUAUGUUCGCUUCCUAAUGGAUAUAACAAAUAAGAAAUCCUUCCUGGACAGACGAAACCUCCUUCGCACCAAGUGCAAAAUCAAUUUCGAGAAAGAGCGCGAAGAACAUCUCAUGUUAUCGAUAAUGCCUAAAUGUGAGACGACGGAGAAAGUUCGCAGAGAUCUCCGCGAUCGCAUUGUCAAGCUCAAAACAAAUCAACUAGUUCAGCGACACGGCUUCAACGAACUCUACAUCCAAGAGCAUCCGAAUGUGACGAUUCUCUAUGCCGACAUCGUGAACUCGAUGCAGCUCGCGUCUGCUUUGAACCCGGCGGCGUUGCUGGAGACUCUCGACCAACUUUACGCCAAGUUCGACGAGCGAGCGGAAAAUAACUGCCUCAGGAUCAAACUCCUCGGGGACUGUUACUAUUGUGUGUCAGGAAUUCCCGAGCCUCAGGAAAACCACGCUAACAACUGUGUAAACAUGGCGCUCGACAUGAUCGAGAUCAUCCGUCAUGUUAGAGAGCAGCGGGAAGUCGACGUCGAUAUGAGGAUAGGAAUCCACACUGGUAACGUGCUUAGUGGGGUUCUCGGUCUAAAGAGGUGGCAGUUCGAUAUCUGGAGCAUCGAUGCUCAGAUAGCGUCGCACAUGGAACAGAGCGGCAAACCCGGGUGUGUACAUAUCACGGAGAAAACCAGGGAACAGUUGCGGGGCUCCUAUGAUUUGCGGGACGGGACCGGAGGCGAUGAAUUCGUCCAGCAAACUGGUUUGCAGACAUUCUUCAUCCAUCCUUCGCCGAGGCUCACCGCGAAGAGAACGUCUACCUUGGGCAGGUGGAGUGGAAACGUAAUUUAUUCCGAGUUCAAGGAACAUGGCAUAGAGCUCCAACAGUUAGAUUCGAGCGUAGAAACGAAGAGGAGCGCCAUCAAAGGGAGGAACUCAGCCGACACCAUCAGUAUUCCGACGGAGAACGGGAACCUAGCUCCUGCCGCUGCGAGCGCGCCUGUCAGCCGAAACGGGAGCAUAUUCAUAAAGAAACAGAACUCGAUAUCCGCCAGAGCCCGCAACUUCAUUGGCUACAAAAGAGGAUCAAGUCUGGACACCAUGACGAUCCUCAGGCGGCGUCAAACUAAUAUCCUGGAUAGUUCGAUGCAACAGUUCCAGAGAAUGGUCAGGGAAACCAAUACGAUGUUAGAGAAGGAAAUCUAUCGCAUGAAGCUAAGCAAACGUGACCAAUGGUUGCGUCCCGAUGGAAUCCAUCCUUUAUUCCUGACAUUCACCGAGAAGGGUCUCGAAGGUCUUUACACCAAACAACCAGAUCCCCUCUUCAGGUACUACCUUCUCUGUCUCCUGAUUGUACUGGUCGGGAUGACAGUUGUGCACUUUACUGUGAUAUCCUACGGCACGGCGCCGAUAUGGAGUGUAACCUUCUACGCGAUAACUUUCCUGGUGGUCCUCGGUGUCAACAUAGCAGCGUGGACCGGCUUUGUUUGGGUGAAGUUGAUCAAAAAGAAUGAAGAGCUGUCGCGAUUUCCUCGCGCCCUGCACAUGAAGCUCGGGAACCUCAUCACUCACAGCAGGAAGCUCCGCCUGCUCAUUUGGCUGGUCUGCUCCUUUUUCAUAAUUGUCCUCGCUCUCAUGGGACUCGCUAUAAUGCCCAACUCAAGGAACAAUGCUAACAAUGCGCUCAAAACCCCUACCACCACAACAACCACAUCGACGACAGUCAUACCCUUCGCCAUAGACGACUCCUUUUCUUCUGACGCGGAGAUCAACGCAGCACCUGAAGACCAGAUUCUACCAUGGAGCUACACGUUCUCGAUCAUACUUUCGAUGACCGGCCAAACCGUGUUCCUCCGGAUCCAUUUCAUCUACAAGCUGAUCCUCAACUGUCUGGCAAUCGUCUGCUACGUUGUUCACUACGAUCAGAAAAACUCUUCCGCGAACCCUCUAUUCGUAUCUGACUGGGCGUUCAUGAAUUACGAUGACACCGUUGUGUAUUUCUUCUACUUAACUUACAUGUUGUGUUUGUUGCACGUUUUGGAUCGACAAAUCGAAUACAUGAGCCGGGUAGACUUUCUGUCCCAGAAGAGGCUGGACGAUGAGAGAAACGAGGCGCAGAUCAUGGCUCAAUCCAAUCAUAUACUCUUAGAAAACCUUCUGCCAGUACAUGUGGCGAAGUAUUAUCUCGAUAGAGACUCGAAGAACAAUAAUGAUCUAUACCAUGAAGUGUACAAGAGCGUCUCAGUCAUGUUUGCGUCGAUUCCGAACUUCAUCGAGUUCUACCGUGAGACGACAAACUGCUCGAAAGAAGGACCAUCAUGCUUGAGAAUUCUCAAUGAGGUGAUAUGCGAGUUCGAUAAACUUCUGUACCACUCCAAGUUUUCGCGAGUUGAGAAACUGAAAACUGUGGGGUCCACCUACAUGGCUGCUACGGGACUAGAGCCGGGCAGGGGCUCAAAUGAUAGUUGUUUGCCUGUAGGCGAUUCGCGUCGGAUUCGAUCGGAGGAUCCCCGGAAGAACGCGAAAACUAUGCUCCGUUUCGCAAUCGCGAUGCAGAAAGCGCUCCAGGAAAUCAACCAACAUUCUUGGCAGGACUUCCGACUCCGCGUUGGUAUAUCGGUCGGAGGCGUGAUCGCCGGUGUAGUCGGGGCGACGAAGCCUCAGUACGACAUUUGGGGUGAUACAGUCAACAUGGCGUCGAGAAUGGACUCUACAGGAGAAGCGGGUAGAAUUCAGAUCACUGAGGAGGUCUACGAAUUGAUUCAUGACGACCAAAGUUUCUCGGUUCAGGAGCGAGGAAAAAUCUUCGUCAAGGGAAAAGGCAGUGUGAGGACUUAUUUCCUUCGCAGCAAGAAUGACUGGCUAGACGCGUCGACGAAUUUGUGAAACAUUCCGAUGUAGGGGGAGUGAUCCCAACUCCGAAACAU